CUGAUUGCUGACCAUUCCAUUAACUUCAUUGUGCAUUAUUAUUCGAAAAUCGAAAUUCAUCACCUGGCAAUUUGAUGGAUUAUAAAAUUACUUCAUGUGUUUUCUGCCACUGUCAAUUAAAACCGAGUGCCAACCUGUUGGUUGAGUAGUUUCUUUAUUUUCCUUGUAAAUAUUAUGGACUUCACGUCUUUGCUUCGUCCCUGACUUCAAAUGCAACUUUGGAUAUUAGCAUUAAUUCAGGUUGGAGCUCAACUCAGUCCACUGAUCACUUUUUCGCCUGUGGAAGCCAAUGGCAUUUGUAACAUGGUUUCUUAAAGCUAGGGUCAGAAAUCAGUACCUGCUGUUCUAAAUGCCACCUCAGCCGAGUGCUUUGAGGAGCUGUAGGAAAAUUUUUAUGUGAACUGCAUUUUAUACAUGCCAAACAUUUUCAUUAGUCUUAAUGCUCACCAACCUCACUGCAGUUCAAUAUUCUUUUCUUCAGUUAAGAAAAUGCAGUUGCAUGUUCCGUAAUCCAUGCAUUGAUGAAAUUCGCUUAUUCCAAGCAUGAUAGAAAUUUCAUGAGUGAUGAUGCAAGUACAGUGAUAAAAUCCGCUCAUGCCAAGCAUGCUAAAAAUGCAAUGAAUGGUGAAUCUUAUUAAUUAGAUGGAAGCUGAUAGCGAAACGAGAAAGGAAAAAUAUGCUGCUGAUAUUUCCUCCAUAAAGGAAGCACAUGCCCGAAUAAAAUCAUUGGUUCAUAGAACACCAGUUCUUUCCUCUGAAUCUCUGAAUGCCAUAUCAGGAAGGCAGCUUUACUUUAAGUGUGAAUGUUUCCAGAAGGGUGGGGCAUUUAAAUUUAGAGGUGCCUGCAAUGCUGUUUUCUCUCUUGAUGAUACUGAUGCUUCCAAAGGCGUCAUAACGCACAGCAGUGGUAACCAUGCUGCAGCAUUGGCUUUGGCGGCAAAGCUAAGGGGGAUCCCUGCAUAUAUUGUUGUUCCAAAAAAUGCCCCAAUUUGCAAGGUUGAGAAUGUAAAGCGUUAUGGUGGUCAGGUUAUCUGGUCUGAAGCGUCUAUGAAGUCCAGGGAGGAAAUUGCAAACAAAGUAUGGCAAGAGACUGGUGCAAAUUUGAUACAUCCAUAUAAUGAUGGACGUAUUUUGAGUGGCCAGGGUACCAUAUCGUUGGAGCUGCUGGAACAAGCUCCACAAAUAGACACCCUAGUAGUUCCCAUUAGUGGUGGUGGUCUGAUAUCAGGAGUAACAUUGGCUGCCAAGUCCAUCAACCCUGCUAUACGUAUUUUAGCUGCUGAACCUAAAGGAGCUGAUGACGCUGCGCAAUCUAAAGCAGCCGGGAGGAUAAUUACAUUGCCUGAAACCAAUACUAUAGCUGACGGGCUUAGAGCUUUUCUUGGAGAUUUUACAUGGCCUGUAGUACGAGAUCUUGUUGAAGACAUUAUAACAGUGGAAGACAGUGAAAUAAUAAAAGCCAUGAAACUCUGUUUUGAGAUUCUUAAAGUUGUCGUUGAACCAAGUGGAGCGAUUGGCCUUGCUGCUGUUUUAUCGGAUGCUUUCCAGAACAAUCCUGCUUGGAAGGACUGCAAGCAUAUAGGAAUUGUAGUUUCGGGGGGCAAUGUUGAUCUUGGAAUGCUUUGGAAAUCUUUGGAAAAAUGAAGAAGAGCUUAUUUA